GACUCAUACACGGACUUUCUCACCAACUUUCUCCCUGAGAGGAGCAUUUCAGCAUCCUCACUGCCAAGAUUCAGGAGAGAGAACUUGGAGGGCUUCAGGAGAUGCCUCUAAGAGGGAUGUAUCCAGCAUCUCUUUGAAUGGGCCACAGCUUCUCUUUCCCUGCUGGGUUCUACAAACAAGCUGUGGGCAGCAAACAUGGUGAGGUUUCACCUCUGAAGCUACUUGCCAGCUGAUGCUCUGACCAUGGAUGACAAGAAGCAAAUGCUCAACGCCUCUUCCACGCUGCCUGUCCCCACCUCCAACACAUCCCUCCCUCUAUCUGACGACCGUGACGACGCUCUAGCCCGAGUGGAAAUCGCCAUCUUGGCCUCCAUCUUCCUGCUAGCCACUCUGAGCAAUGGGCUGGUGCUGGGAGCCCUCUUCCGCCGCACUCACCGGGCCAGCCCCAUGCACCGCUUCAUCUGCCACCUCUGCCUGGCCGACCUGACCGUGGCUCUUUUCCAGGUGCUGCCGCAGCUCAUCUGGGACAUCACCGACCGCUUCCAGGGCCCCGAUGUCUUGUGCCGUGCCAUCAAGUACUUGCAGGUGGUUGGCAUGUUUGCCUCUUCCUACGUCAUUGUGGCCAUGACGUACGACCGCCACCGAGCCAUCUGCCGGCCCAUGCUGGCUUUCCGGAAGGGCCCAGCUAGCUGGCAUCGCCUGGUGGUGGCAGCAUGGACCGCAUCCUUCCUCCUCAGCCUCCCACAGCUCUUCAUCUUCUCCAAAACCAAGCUGCCCAGCGGAGCCCACGAGUGCUGGGCUCACUUUGCAGAGCCCUGGGGAGUUCGGGCUUAUGUCACGUGGGUGACUCUGAUGGUCUUCGUCUUCCCCACUUUCUUCAUUGCUACCUGCCAGGCCAUGAUUUUCCGUGAGGUCCACCGCAGCCUGCGCCUGGGCCCAGAAGGAGCAUUGCGGGGCCGGGACAGCCGGCAGGGACCCUCCCCCAUUUCCGGUGCUGUGUCCAAGACCGCAAAGAUGACCCUAGCCAUUGUGCUUAUCUACGUGUUCUGCUGGGCCCCCUUUUUCCUAGUCCAGCUGUGGUCCGUGUGGGAUCCUCAGGCCCCCCUAGAUGGUCCAGCUUUCACCCUGCUGAUGCUCCUCGCCAGUCUCAACAGCUGCACCAACCCCUGGGUCUACGCCACCUUUAGCAGCAGUAUUUCGGGUGAGCUGGGUCAAAUCUUUUGUCCCAGACUGGCCCGUCAGCAGAUUAGUUCCCUGCAGGAGGACUCCACCUUCACGGCCAGCUUCUCCCUGGGACGGGAUGCCCUUUCCUGAGCCAGAGUGCCACUGACCCCCAUGGUGCACCUAGCAAGGAAUAUGUUCCUUCUGCUGAACGGUGGCUUCAAAGGCAUUGGAGCCUGACCAGAAAUCUGGAUGCAAAAGAAACUCCCAAAGAGGAGAGCCACUCUCUCACCAGCCAGUUCUAUAGGUGGAAGGAUGUCCAGCUUAACAGAGAAGCCGGUUCCACCAGAGCAAAGUCCAAGGAUGUAGGGACACUUAGCAUGACCGGAAGACCAUUGUUUUCAGUGCCCCCUGGAACCUGUAAAGUAAUGCCUUUCAUAAACCUGGUGCGAUCCUGGGAAGGUAGGAGUUGCAGCCCAAAACAUCUGGAAAGCACCAGGUUGGAGAAGGCUGGAUUAGACCAAGCCACCACAUUAAACAUUGCAGCACUUUUAAGUGAAACAUCCUAAUCUUUUGUACGAUUUUCUCUUUUUCAUGCUUAGAAGGGGCAGGUGCAAGAUGAGAGGCAGCCCUACCAUAGAGCAAAAGAAGUGCCCAGGAAACCUGCUGUUUACCGCAGAAUCUGAACAAAUGGUCAAUUCACAGAAAAACCGAUGGACGUUUGUUUCUGAUUCAUCAAUAAACAGCAGGUUUCUCAGGGAAAGCGGCAGGACAGGUGGAAGUGUGGACGAGCCCUUGGCCAUGUUUAUCAGCUUCAGUGGGUCUACUCUGAGUAGGACUAGCAUUAGAUAUCAGCCAUUGAUUUGAUCCAAGGGCCCAACAGGUGCUUGCCCUUUCUUCUAGGAUUGCCAUAUUUCAAAACCUGAAAAUCCAGACACAAAGUUGUUGAGCUUUUUGAGCUACAUUUCCAGCACUGGUUGCUAGGUUGCCAUAUUGCUGGAAGCUGUUUACGAGGGCUGAUUGCCGGCUGGGUCCUGGAAAUUCCAGGCGUAUGGCAACCCUAUUCUAUUCCAAUGUGGCUUCUGCAGAAGAACCUACCACUGGAUGGCACCCCAUGUUAAACUGGUGAGGAGCUGGAUUUCCUUCCUCUUCAGAGAACAAACUGUCUUAAAGGCAAACAAGCAACCACAGAGGUAGCAAGUCAUAUACCUAAAGGGCAUAAGAACGGAAGACCAGAAAUCAACUUGGAAAACGGCCCUGCAAAAUUUGGAGAAGUGUGGAUUUUGAAGGAUGGCUGCUUUUCGGGUCAUGUAUUGUUUCAGGAAGCGUGAAAUAGGUAAAUCCACCUUUAAAUGCAAACUGAAUCAAAUUUCUUCCUCAUCCCUACUUCCCACAGCCCUCCCUCCCUCCCUCCCAUAAUUUCUAGUUUUAUUGAGGUGGCUGCAUUACACGGUUGCAGAUGGCGACUAUAUGUGCUGCUGCAGACUUGACCCAAAUAACUGUUCUUUAUUUCUGUUAAACAUUUUCAAUAAAAAUCAUUUUAAAAGAACGGCAACAAAAACAAGU